AUCCGUUCGGGGCGUAUGACGGUCUCGUAGAUGAAGGUGAGGUGGAGAGGAGGUUAGACGAGGCGAGGGUUUGGUGUGAGCUUUGUGAGAUUAUGGGGAUUGAGUUUUUUCAAGUAUGCACUCUUCUCGUUUCAGUUUCAGAUUUAUAUACUGAUUGAACAGAUAACAACAUGUCUCUACCCCAUGGACUCAACCCGAAUAACCUCAAACCCCACCAUCAUCGCCAGAAACAUGCGUAAACUCACCCUCCUAGCCCAGAACUACAACCUCACCAUCGCCUACGAAGCACCCGCCUGGGGCAUCCACCUCAACACAUGGCAGCAAACCCACCAGAUCAUCCAAAUGGUCAACCUCCCCAAUCUCAAACACUGUCUGGAUACAUUCCACAUCUCAACAAAGCUAGCCUGUGACCCAUUCAAUGCUACAUCACCUAUAAAACCAACCGGAAUGGACAAUUUCACCACCAGCUUAACCGAAAUGAAACAAACCCUCCAGCCAUCAGAUAUAGCGUAUUUCCAGCUCAGCGACGCGACAGUCGCUGAUCCAGCCCAACGGGGGUAUCCGCGAAAAGACCUAGCUCAGCCAGCGUACAUGACGCAGUCGAGGAAUUGUCGCAUUUUCCCGUGUGAGGAGGCGUAUGGGGGCAUCUUGCCUGCUGUGGAUGUGGCCAGGGCAGUGUUUGACUUGGGAUAUGAGGGGUGGGUGUCGAUGGAGGUGUUUUAUACGGAGUUGUGGGAGGAGAGGGAAGAGUAUGUCUUUCUUUUCUUAUAUCAUAUUAUAUGGAUGCUAAUGAGGUAGAAUACCAGAUGAAUGGGCGAAGAGGGGAAUGGCUUCGUGGAGGG